AUGUCAAAGCUGCUAAGGCAUAAAAGGAAACAUGAAGAUGACCGGCGAUACCCGUGUCCUGUAGAAGGCUGCGGGAAGUCGUUCACUAGAGCCGAGCACUUGAAAGGCCACAAGAUUACUCACCUGGGCACUAAACCCUUUGAAUGCCCUGUGGAGGGCUGCGGAGCCAAGUUCUCUGCCCGUAGCAGUCUGUAUAUCCAUUCAAAGAAGCACCUUCAAGAUGUGGAUGCCUCAAAGGCUCGAUGUUCUGUGUCCAACUGCAGCAAGAUAUUCACAUCCAAGCAGAGCCUGAAGUCCCACAUGGUUAAACAGCACGGCCGAGUGUUGUCUUGCUUUGCAGACCUGGAAGCCUCCAGCUCCCUCACCCCCAGCAGCGAACUCACAAGCUCAGGGCAAAGUGACCUCAGUAAUCUGGACAUCUCGUCUCUCUUCACCAACGUGUCCUCAAACGGUUCUGGAAUCUCAGCUGACCUGACCCUUGUCAACUCUGGAAUACUGACCAUUGACGUAUCUUCUGUGAGAUCGACCCUGGGGGGCGGCCUUUCAGCCAACGGUAACUCUUUGGUACAUCCCGUGGACCCCUUGGUGCUGGUGUCCAACAACGAGAACCACAGCAGCCUGGACAGUUCCCUCCUGCUAGGCGCAGCAGCCUCUAUCCUCCAGCAGGGAAAUUUGAACUUGGAUGAUGUACAGACUGUGAAUGCAGAGGCACUGGGCUCCCUGGCUUCCUUAUCUAUGAGAAGUUCCAACCAGGAUUUGCACGCACUGACCUCCACUAAUAGCCUGACUAUAGAUUCUGCUAGCCUGACGCCUUCCGUUAGCCUGGGGGUCAGCGGCUCAAUGCCAGAAUUGUUGACACAGACCAAAGCCGAGAGAGGCCUUCUUCACAGCUCCGAGGUUUGUAGACCAGCAGGAAGGCAGUAA